CCCCUCGCGCACCAGUCCCGGCCCGGCAGCCGCUGCCCCGGGCUCGACUGGGCGCUGCUACCGCCAUCAGCAAGAGCAGGAGCAGCCGGGUCGCCCCAGCGCUGGUUGCCGCCAUCUCGGCUCCUUCCCACCGGCGAAGCGACGGCUGAGAGCCAGGAGCCGCGCAGCACGCCGGGAGAAACAGGCCGCAUCCUGACGCCCGUGCGCCUGCGCUGGGCCCCAGCGCCUGCGCACUGGCGCCCGUCCGCUCCUGGGGCCUGACGUCAGCAGGAUGGAGCCGCCCCUUUAGCGUGAUCUCCAGGAGCCGCCCCCUCCAGGGACGUCAUCACAAACUGGGAGCCCGCUUCUGUGUGACGUCAUAAAACCCGAUCCGCAUCAUGACGUCACAAUGCCCUAGCCCAGCCCCCUCAUUUUCUCUCUCGGCUCCUUCCUCCGCUCGCGUCGGGCGGGGACAUCGCGAUGAGGCGGGAUCGCGGCGCUAAGCCGGCCCUGGGUGGAGCUGGCAAGGUGGAACCAGGUGGGAUGGCAGCCUCUCCCACGGGCAGUCGCAGACGACUCCAACGCUACCUCCAGAGCGGCGAAUUCGACCAGUUGCGGGACUUCCCCAUCUUUGAGAGCAACUUUGUGCAGGUGACUCGAUUGGGAGAAGUUGCCAACGAGGUCACCAUGGGGGUGGCAGCCUCCAGUCCAGCCCUGGAGCUCCCGGACCUAUUGCUUCUGGCCGGCCCUGACAAGGAGAAUGGACACCUGCAACUCUUCGGGUAACUGCCUCCACCUCAGAGACCUUCUCCCCCUCCUCCCUCAGCUCCAGGCA